AUGGCGGAGUACAACGAGAAGGGCGACUUGGCGCACCUCGACCAAAGCCCUGAUCAAUAUGAAGAAAAAAAUGUCGGUGGACACGGCUCUCGUCAACACUCCGUGAGCUUGAAUCGCAACGUUACUGCUAGAAUUCAGAACCCUCUGGCUGGCAUUCCUCGAGAUACUCUGUUUUACAAUGUCGAGCAAUUUGCCCAAGAGGCGGGCAUGCAAGACAUGAUCCCUCUCUUGAAGAAAGGUGCUUUAGUGGCACAGGAUCCCCCCGCUUUCGAGCAAAUUCCCGAGUUGGACGACGUCGAACGCGACGCGCUUCGCAACGAAGUCCUUCACAAAUGGCGCCAACCGGGCGCGCUUUACUUUACCGUCAUCCUUUGCUCUAUUGGUGCCGCUGUACAGGGUUGGGAUCAGACUGGUUCGAACGGCGCCAACCUGUCGUGGCCCGUCGACUUCAAUGUUCCCAAUACCGUCCCCGCGACUGGCGCUGUAUCUGGUGUCGAUUACGCUAGAAAUUCCUGGAUUGUCGGUGUUGUAAAUUCGGGUCCCUACAUUGGCUCUGCUUUCAUCGGCUGCUGGGCCUCUGACCCUCUCAAUGCCUUCUUCGGUCGUCGUGGAACCAUCUUCUUCGCUGCCAUCUUCUGCUUCCUUUCCGUGAUCGGCUCCGCUUUCACGCAAACAUGGCCUCAACUCUUCGUCACUCGUCUCCUCCUCGGUGUCGGUAUGGGUGCCAAGGCUUCGACAGUCCCAAUCUACGCUGCGGAGAACUGUCCAGCGGCGAUUCGAGGUGGAUUGGUCAUGAGUUGGCAAAUGUGGACCGCUUUCGGUAUCUUCCUCGGCUUCUGCGCCAAUUUGGCAGUCUACAACGUCGGGGCCAUCGCAUGGCGUCUACAGUUGGGAUCUGCCAUGCUUCCCGCACUUCCUCUACUCGUCGGUGUAUACUUCUGCCCAGAGUCACCUCGAUGGUACAUCAAGAAGGGCCGCUACUCCAACGCUUUCCGAUCGCUCUGCCGUCUCCGAAACACUCCUCUCCAGGCGGCUCGUGAUCUUUACUACAUCCACGCUCAAAUUCAAGAGGAGGCUGAUAUCAUCGGCAAGAGCAACUACAUCACCCGCUUCAUCGAACUCUUCACAAUUCCCCGCGUCAGACGUGCAACUGGCGCAUCCUUCACCGUCAUGUUGGCUCAACAGAUGUGCGGUAUCAACAUUAUCGCUUUCUACUCAUCGACUGUCUUCGUGAACGCUGGUGCCGACAACCUGACUGCCCUACUCGCCUCCUUCGGAUUCGGUCUCGUCAACUUCGUCUUUGCUUGGCCCGCUGUCUGGACCAUUGAUACCUGGGGUCGCCGCGCUCUCCUUCUUUUCACCUUCCCAAACAUGGCGUGGACUUUGCUUGCGGCCGGACUGUGCUUCAUCAUCCCAGAACAAGAACGAGCCCAUCUUGGCCUCAUCGCCUUCUUCAUCUUCCUCUUCGCCGCCUUCUACUCCCCAGGUGAAGGUCCCGUGCCAUUCACAUACUCCGCUGAGGUCUUUCCACUCUCUCACCGUGAAGUCGGCAUGUCCUGGGCUGUCGCUACUUGCCUCUUCUGGGCCGCCGUCCUCUCCAUCUCAUUCCCACGUAUCCUCCAGGUGUUCCACCCCGUCGGCGCUUUCGCCUUCUACGCCGGCCUCAAUCUUACCGCUUUGGUCCUUAUCUUCCUAUUCGUACCAGAGACAAAGCAGCGCACGCUUGAAGAAUUAGAUUACGUCUUCGCCGUGCCCACUCGGGUCCACGCCAAGUACCAGAUCACCAAAGCUUUGCCAUGGUGGUUCAAGCGUUACAUUCUCAUGAAGAAGGGCGCCAGACUAGAGCCUCUGUACCACUUUGACGGUGCCGUUGCUGCUGACCAGAAGAUUGCUGUUGCGGCGCACUAG